AUGGACAGAUGCCCGUCGGGCACAAAUUCUCGCGCUGCUGACGUUGGAUUUUUCUUUCGCGACAUCCAACGUGACGCAAAAGGGAUAUGCAGUUUCUGCUGCGGACACCGUUCGAGGUGGGACCGAAACGUGAAAUACGCUUACCAGCACAAUGAGAGCAACGAGUACUGUAGCCGAGCUCAUGGCGAUGCCGUCCGAAACGAAAAGGUGUCGACGGUUGAAAAUGAGCCGAAGCGGUGGGCGUGGCGCGACGAGGCGGCGGCGUCGGCAAAACAAAAAUGGGCGGAGCGUUGA